AUGAGUAACGCUAACGCAAAACCCACCGACAGCACGUUCUGUCAGAUAAUGAAACCGAUUUACUACAUGUCCAAGGUGGCCGGUCUGUGGCCGCAAUCGUUUCUACGCAAAUCGCCCGGCGUAACUGUGCUCGAUAUUGCGUACCUGAUGUUCCUGUACGUUGUGGCUUUCUUUUGCAUACUCGUUAAUACCAACGCGAAGCUGUGGGACUACUACAUGAAACCGUUCGAGUCGGACAUCUUGCGGUACGGUCUGCAAACGCACCUACUGAACGGAUUGAAUCUUACUGUCCUUAUUAGCACGAUCAAUGUGAUACAGUACAAGCGCAAAUGGGAGUACAUGGAGCUGUUGGACAACGUUACGAAGGUGAUUGAACAGGAGUUUCACGUUAAAUAUCCUGUCCGGGUGGUACAAAAGUUCAUAGCGCUCAUAAUUUGUGCUGAGAUGCUGUACCUCUUACUGGUACUGUGUGGCUACUACUAUUUGAUCGAUCGCACUUUAAACAUCAACACUACCUACCUGUACUUGUCCUACUACAUCAUGAACAUUUCACUGCUGGCGCUGAUGAACGAAUACGCUUACUUUACCGUACAUAUACGCCGUCUAUUUAUGAUAGUGAAUCGAUUGCUUAAGCAACUACUAUUCACCGAUACUAACCUCAACGAAAUGGUUCUGCUUGAUCAAAAUCGUAAAAGUAAAACACCAACGAUUGCGUAUGAUGAGAUUUUCACUAUUUAUGGUAGAGGUGCACGGAAAGAACUGGAUGCAGGAAAUGUGAAGCGAAAUGGCCCAUCAAAGGUGACGAUGGUUGCUCCCUCAUCGGCCGGUUUUAACAAGCUGUCUGCGCAAACGGUUUAUACUACGUACAUCACACGUCUUAAGAUCGAUCAGCAUUCCAGCAUGGACACGAUAAUGAAAACAAUCAAUCGUUUAUCCGUGCUGCACUUUCAUCUAGCAUUCAAUUCGGGCUCUUGGGCAUUUCGUAUUAUGGCGAUGGCAAAUGGAGCAUGGAUUGCAUUUUACAUCGUGGGAAUUUUGACCGUUAUUAUAGCUACUACGGCGGCACAGAACAGUGGCCGCUUGACCGGCGACAUUGUUCAUCAAAUCAUCAGAAAGCAUCAGAACCAUUUUUCGGUUGAUGUUAUCGAGAAGCUGUCCACAUUGUCUCUGCAGGUGAAGAUGCGCGAUAUGUCAUUUUCGUGCGGUUUGUUUCAAUUUGAUUGGAAUCUCUUUUCUUCGCUUGGUUGCACCGUAUCGGAUAUAAAUCCUCCCGCUAGGACGAUGGCGAUGCUGGAGGGCACCCUGUCCAAAUGGACGAACGUGAUGAAGGGCUGGCAGUAUCGGUGGUUCGUUCUGGAUGAAAACGCCGGAUUGCUGUCGUACUACACCUCAAAAGAAAAAAUGAUGAAAGGCGUCCGGCGUGGUUGCGUUCGGCUAAAGGGCGCCAUCAUCGGCAUAGACGAUCAGGAUGUGAACACAUUUACGAUCACCGUCGAUCACAAGACGUUCCACUUUCAGGCGCGUGAUGCAGAAGAACGCGAAAAAUGGGUUCGUCGCUUAGAGGACUCGAUACUGCGGCAUGCGAACCGAAGCAGAGCACUGUGGGAUCAGCAGUACAAUAACGGCAGCGGUAGCACUAGCGCCCAAAGCAGUGCGAUGGGCUUCACAUCCGGUGGCGGUGGUGGACCGGGCAAUGGUGGCAGUGGAGGGGUCGGUGGUGGUGUCGGCACACCUGGUUCUAGUGUCCGGCGGUCGAACAAUUUGGUACUGUUUGACCGUAAGGUUACGGAGGCGGACGCGUUUCUGCAGCUAAUGAUUGACCAAACAACGAAACUCGAAGCAAGGCUGGAAGCGCUCGGCGACACGGAGGAAGCAACUAACCUCAAAACGAUCAACGAGCAUGUCAACGCAAUGCUGGAUAAUAUAAAACAUUCAAUAGUGCUUCUCCAGAUCGCAAAGAACACCGCUAACCCUAUCAACGGUAUCUAUCAGGGUCCUAUCUCUAGUAAGUCCGAAACGGAAACGGAACCCAGCGAGUCUGGUCUGGCCAUAGGUGUGAUGUCUUCUUCACUACCGACCGACAUCGAGGUUGCGGACGAAUGUCAAGAAGGCGUGCGGCGUGCCAACAUUGCACAUGCUUCUAUCAGCGUGCCGGAAACGUCCUACUCGAGUUCAGAGGGCGAGGACGACUUCUUCGAUGCAAACGAUUCUCCGUUUACCUCUAGUCAAUUAAACACACCGACAAGCAACACUCGAACCCUGUCCGAGCACACUGCCCGCUUGUCGGUGGAGGAACACUAUGCAUCGGCCGAGGACAGUACAAGCAACUCGCUCAAGAAGCAGAACAGCCUGGUCAGCUCCAACACCACGUCCAUAUCAGCCACCGUCCCGCUGGUCGGUGGUGCCGGUAGCGACGGUGUGCCCCGACCCGUACCGCACGAUCCGUUACCACUCGCGUCCGGUGUGCCUCGCAAAUCGUACGACUCGAAAGCUCUUCCGAUCCGGACCGAUGGUAGCCUCGACUACGAUGCCUUAUACGAAGACGAGUCCGACAACGAUCUGUCUAUGGAGUCACACGGUUCGGUCGUGACGCAUCUGCUCUCCCAGGUGAAGAUCGGCAUGGAUCUGACGAAGGUCGUACUGCCGACGUUCAUCCUCGAACGGCGAUCAUUGCUAGAGAUGUACGCCGAUUAUUUCGCCCAUCCGGAUCUGUUUCUACGGAUAGCGGAUCUGAAGGAACCGCGCGAGCGUAUGGUGCAGGUCGUCCGGUGGUACCUGAGCGCGUACCACGCCGGACGGAAGAGUUCCGUCGCGAAGAAACCGUACAAUCCGAUUUUGGGCGAAAUCUUCCAGUGUCAUUGGGACAUUCCGGAGCUGCCAACGGGUGACGAAGCGUCCAACGUGGAGGUGAAAGAUGGACCGAUUCCAUGGUGCCGCAGGGACCAACUAACCUUUAUCGCCGAGCAGGUCUCGCAUCAUCCGCCAAUAUCAGCGUUCUAUGCUGAGCAUUACAACAAGAAGAUCAGCUUUUCUGCGCACGUGUGGACAAAGUCCAAGUUUCUCGGCCUUUCGAUAGGCGUACACAACAUCGGCCAGGGUACGGUGACGUUAUGUGAUCUCAACGAGGAAUAUAUCGUCACUUUUCCAAAUGGCUAUGGACGCUCCAUUCUAACGAUACCGUGGAUUGAACUCGGUGGUACGAUAACCAUCACCUGUCCACAGACGGGUUAUCGGGCGGAUAUAGACUUCAUCACGAAACCUUUUUACGGUGGCAAAAAGAAUCGAAUACAGGGCGAGAUCUAUGGACCGAACGACAAGAAGUCGUUCAUCAGCAUCAGUGGCGAAUGGAGCGGCCUAAUGGAGUACAAAUUCAACGAUGGCAGUAAACCCUCCAAGUUUGAAACGUUUGUCGACGUGAAUAGCAUACCGAUAUACAAGAAGAAGGUACGCCCGGUGGCAGAGCAGGACGAAAACGAGUCGCGUAAAGUUUGGCGCGAAGUAACGGCCGGUUUGAAGAUGAACGACAUCGAAAAGGCAACGAAUGCAAAGUUUCAAGUGGAGCAGAAGCAACGCGAAGAAGCCAAAGAGCGGAAGGAAACGUUCGGUGAAUGGGAAACUAAGUACUUCAAGGGUAUCGGUGAAUCGUGGAUCUACACCACGCCGCUACUGCAUAGGUUAACGCUGGAAAAACGGGAUAGCAAAAGAUAGCAAUCGAACGAACAUAACACCACCAACAAUGGUAGCACUAGCAUGUAA